CUCCAGCCCUGGAGUGCGCACACUUUUACUUGGGACUACAUACUUCGUCCUGCCCUGCUCCUCGCCUGGUCAGAAAGGUGUUUGCUAGAAGCACUGCCAGGGCUGAGCACGCUGGAGAAGGCUGCAGACACUCCCUCUGAGGGCAUGUGCAGCCAAGGAGAGAGACAUUUCUGAGGACAAACAAGUGGGCAUGGGAGGACGCAAGAUGGCCAGAGAUGAAGAAAAUGCCUACGAAGACAUUGAACGCUUAGACUAAACUUGCCCAGGGUUCCACAGCUGGCACAUGCGGGGCUGUGAUUCCAACCCGGGGUGUCUGGGACUCCAGACAGCCCUUCACUCCCUGGCCUUCUGUGCCCUCUCCCGCAUCUCCUCGCUGAGAUGGCCCCUGGGAGAAGUCUGGCAGAGGCCUGGGAAGUCGUCGAGCACGGAGCAGCUCUGCAAGGUGCUGACGACCAGAGGUUCCCAGGACCCUGACGACCAGCAGCCGCUCUCGCAGGAACGCAGGCUCAGGCUCAUCCUGGCCGGCAGGACCGGAGUGGGCAAGAGCGCCACGGGCAACAGCAUCCUGGGCCACAGGCUCUUCCCGUCCAGGCUCGCGGCCACCCCGGUAACCAGAAGCUGCGCCCUGGGGAGCCGGAGCUGGGCCGGGUGGCGCGUGGAGGUCACCGACACCCCCGACCUCUUCACCGCCCAAGGCCGGCACGCGGACCCGGACUGCACCGAGCGGGCCAGCUGCUACCUGCUCUCGGCGCCCGGGCCGCACGCGCUGCUGCUGGUCACGCAGCUGGGCCGCUUCACCGCCCAGGACGAGGAGGCGGUGCGCGGCGUCCGCGAGCUGUUCGGGGCCGGCGUCCUGGCCCGCGCCGUGCUCGUCUUCACGCGCAGGGAGGACCUGGAGGGGGGCUCGCUGCACGACUACGUGCGCGCCACCGACAACCGCGCGCUGCGGGCCCUGGUGGCCGAGUUUGGCGGCCGCGUGUGCGCCCUGGACAACCGGGCGGAGGGCGCCGAGCGCGAUGCGCAGGUGGGCGAGCUGCUGGCGCUGGUGGAGCGGCUGGCGCUGGAGCACGACGGCGCGCCCUUCACCGACGACGUGUACGGCCUGGCGUGGGCCCGGCGCCACGCGCGUCCCGAGGACACGCUCCGCCUGGUGGCCGCGCGGCUGGCGGCCCGCGGUCUGGGGCGGGGGUGGAGGCGGGAGUGGGGGCAGGGGCGGCGCUGGCUGGAGGCCGUGAGGCGGGGGUGGCCGCUAGCGCUCCUGCUGCUGGGGGGCGCACUGUUACUUGUCCUGCUGCUUCUCCAGCGGGGGGCUCCAGGCCCAGAUUGAAGGAGCUGCCCUUCCAAAUGCGGGGAACCUGGCGGGUAAAGGGGCUGGGUCAAGGCGCUGAGGGGAACUAAACCCAAUUUCAAAGGAAACCUGGGGUUUCGGACUGGGAGUCUUAAUGACCCAGGACGCCUUGGACACUGUAUCGACUUUGCAAAGGCUCAAGUUCACUUUUAGCAUUCAAAUGUUACUUUUGACUAUAUGUACACUAUUCAAAUAAAUGUGGUUAACUUUCAAAUG